UUUAUCCCUCUCUAUUUGUCUCUUUCUCCGCAAAACUCGGAACGGAUUUCACAAUAACUUUGUCCUACCAAGUAUCCCUUGGUCCUGGUCCUGCGCGUCCCUCCUCUCGACAGCGCCGAUUAUGCGCCCGCGGCUUUGGUGCGGUAUCUAUCUCAUCCUGCUCGCGACAGCGGAGCCCACGCAUGCCGGAAGACCAGUCAGGGCUUUGGCCUUCCGCAAAGGCAGCACCUUUUUCUAUCGCCUUAACUACAAGAUAAACUCGUUGCCCUACACGACGAUCUUCGCGCAAGCGGCGGGCUUCAAGGCGGCAUGGGAGCUGCCGACCACCGGUGGGCUCCGAAACGUCCGGUCUGUCCCGGACGUCCACGAGUGCGGCGAACUCGUGUACGAAAGUCACGGCUUCGACGGUCGUUCUUGCCUGCUGAAGAAUAUCUGCCAGGGAUUACAAUACGUGAGGCGGAAGGACGGCGUUAUAGGGAAGAUAUUGAAGCUACUCGCGGAGUCGUAUAUUAAUAAUGGUACUUGGCACGAGGACCCGCUGUUCUGUGAGCAUCAUACCACGAAUUGCCCGUUGCAAUUAGUCGGAUUUAAUAGUUUUACGGAGAGCUAGCACUGAAGUAUCACUGGAGAGCAAGACGCUGAGUAGUAAUAUUUGUUCAUUUGAGACAAAACACGCGUCGUAUUCGGUACAAUGUCGUUUGUUAUACGUUAAUAAAAAUAAUAACUCUUAUACGAAUUACAUUUUUGCGUGCAUUAUUCAUUAAUUAAAGAACCGAAUUUAUUAAUUAAUGGAGAUUUGUUAUAUUUCGGGAUAUGGCGAAAGAGGAUUAAUUUGUUCAAAAUGUUGAAAUGUACCGCUAAUAUGACGUCACUGCUAAUAAAUGA